AUGGCCCGUUUCUCGGCGUUCCUCAACCCCGUCCUCGUGCUCUUCAGCUGCGACCUCUGCCUCGUGCGAGCCAACAGGCCACCGUCCCCUGUCAACGUGACUGUGACGCAGCUGAAGGCAAACUCUGCCACAGUCUCCUGGGACGUCCCAGAAGGAGACGUGGUCAUCGGCUAUGCCAUCUUACAGCAGCGGCAAGAUGGACAGAUGCAGCGCUUCAUCCGGGAGGUGAACACCACCAACCGGGCCUGCGUGCUGUGGGACUUGGCCGAGGACGCUGAUUACAUCAUCCAGGUGCAGAGCAUCGGCCUGUAUGGAGAAAGCCAGGCCAGUAAGCGUGUCCACUUCCGGACCCUAAAGGAGACUGACCGCCUCCCUUCCAACAGCUCCAACCAAGGUGACAUCACCAUGGAAGGGCUGGACAAAGACAGGCAGCUGCAGACAGGCGAGAUUAUCAUCAUCGUGGCUGUGCUGCUCAUGUGGGCAGCGGUGAUCGCCCUCUUCUGCAGACAGUAUGACAUCAUCAAGGACAACGACUCCAACAACAACAAGGAAAAGACAAAGCCGUCCUCGGAGCACAGCACGCCAGAGCGACCGAGCGGAGGGCUGCUGCGAAGCAAGAAGAAGUCUCCCUCAGUCAAUAUAAUCGAGGUGUAAGUGCAGCACCAGCUCUGCGUCUGGGGUCCUGGGCAUCCUGCCAGAGCCAAAGCAGGCCUUGGAAGAAGAGGCAGCACCAGGCGCCCAGCCUGGAACUCUGCAUGUGAAGAUCCGCAUAUCAGAACUUACGCUUUCCCAAGGGUGCCUGUCCAGGGAUGUGCAUGGAGCCGGCUCCCAGCCGUGCAUGCAGUGCACAGCCCUGCCCGUCCCGCAUGCCUGGCCCCGCUCCCCUGUCACUGUGGA